CCGAUCGCUCCACAUACAGAGCCUGAAUUGAAUCUGAAGAUAGUUGCGGCGGGGCGGGGGUUUAUUCGACGCCGAUCGCUCCACAAACUUAGUGAAACCCCCUCAAAUGGUGUUGCUCUUACGGUGAAGGAGGUGGUGUUCAGGUUAAGAAGCAAGCACAGAACUGAAGAUUGAUUUCAGGAGAUUAUGAUGCGCUCAUAAUUUUGUUUGUUUUCCAGAUAUAAUUUUCUUAUGUUGUAUAGAUGGAUACGAGUGGAAAAGAAUUUUAAACUUGAAGCACUGGAUUCUUUAUAUCAAGUUUAAGGCUUUAAGCGUACCAACAUUACACAAUUGAUAAUUUGGGUGUCAACCAUCUAUGCCUAGCAACGAAUUUGGAGAUAGGGUUCACAAUUUUUUUGCACAAGACAACUCAUUGCAGGGGAAUCAUCACUCACAAGUUGUGGAAGGGAAUUGGCCAGUGCUAAACAGCAACUUUUGGGUUGGCAACCAAAGACAAGUUGAUCUAUUGAGUUCCACUAACAAAAAUUAUACUCCGCAAACCUCAGACGUAGAUAGAGGAGAGGGCAGCUAUCCCCUUCAUGAGGCACAUGACUUGAACUUUACUCAGCCAAAUCUGAGGCCUGAUUUUGCUAAAAGUCAGUCCUUAAAUGAACAACCAAAUUUGAAUGGCUUCAUGUAUGGAAAUGAGUUUCACCAGACAAGGCAGAAUGAAGCAAAUUUUCUGGCAGUGGAUACAGAUUCUGAUCAGCGUCUUUCAAUAACCUCAAGAGGCUUAUCUGUCCGUGAGUUGCAGCAAGCUAGUGGCCCUGACCAUCACACAAAAGCUUCAAUUAGAUCAGGAACAUCUUUGUCCCCCGUCACCUUUGAUCUUUUUGGCGGGCACCAGCAGAUGAGCCAUCAGCAGUCAACCGUACCACAAUCUUUGCAGCGUCAGCAAUCUGGAAUCAAUGACAUGCAGCAAUUUCAACAUCAACUCAUGAUCAGGAAAAUGCAAGAGCUGCAAAGGCAGCAGCAACUUCAGCAACUUGGUUUAAGGCAACAGGAUUUGAUUAAUCAGGUUCCCCCCUUUGCUAAACAGGCAUCUGGCACCCAGACCACAUUGGUGAAUGGAACACCAAACUCUGAUUGCUUACAGUACCCUUGGAGCGCUGAGCUUGGUACAAACUGGCUGAACCGGGGUUCUCCAACCAUGCAGGUGUCUGCUAAUGGACUUGGUUUUCCACCAAAUCUUGGCCAGACACAGUGCUCAGUGGAUUUGGUGGCACAGCAGGUUGAUCAAUCUCUUUAUGGAGUUCCUAUUUCAAGUUCAAGGGGUUUACCCGGAAACCAAUAUUCCCAAAUGGUGACAGAUAAAUCUUCAAUGCCUCAAAUGUCUAAUAAUAGUAAUUUUCUUCAGGAUAAUCAACAUAAUUUAUUGCCAGAUCAGGUAGGUGUACAGAACGAGUCUUCCAUUUCUAGGCAUAAAUUUCAGACUGAAAACAUGUUUGGACUUGCUUCUAGGCAAUCUCCAAAUACUGUGAUGAGAAAUAUUGGGGGCCUCCAGCAAGUGAAUUCCUUGUCGAGAAAUGCACCUCAGCAGGAUUUCCUGGGGAGACAGGAUCUAGCUGUUCGACCAGAUACCUCAUGUGAAAAGCCAACUAGGCAGGUUGCCUCACCACAGAAUGAAGUUGCCCUAGAUCCAACAGAAGAAAAGAUUUUGUUUGGUUCAGAUGAUAAUAUAUGGUCUGCCUUUGGCAAGCCAACACAUAAUACUGGAGAAGCUGGUAUUUUGUUCGAUAAUGGUGGCUUAUCAAAUGGUUUACCUUCUAUUCAAAGUGGUAGUUGGAGUGCUCUUAUGCAAUCAGCUGUAGGUGAAACGUCCAGCAGCGAUAUGCCGCCACAGGAGGGUUGGAGUGGUCUGAACUUUCACAAUAAUGAUGGUCCUUCAGGGAGUCAGCCCCUUUCAUUGAACAAUGAGAGUUGCAAACAAGUAUCAUCUUUAGCUGAUGACAGUCUGCAAAUGCCAUCAGCCCAGAGUUCUGGAUCGUUUGCUCCUGAUGAUAUCAAUACAAACAAUGUAAUGGGGUUGAAUCAAUUAAGCCAGAAAUUUCAAAAUGAACCUGGCCAAAGAUUGCAGACUGAGAUGUCUCAGAGGUUUUAUCAGUCUUUGGAGGAAGCUGGCAAGUGGUCAAACAGCGGUCCAUUACAAAGUUCAGUUGCUGAAGAUACAGAUGCCUCUCAUUCUCUACAGGCAGAGAGAAAUGCCAAAACAAAUUCUCCAACUUGGGUUUCUGGACACACUGGAACUAGACUACAAUCAAAUGGUUGGAAUUCUCUGGAAGCUAUACCACCUGGUGGAGAGAGGGUGAUGAAUAAUCAUAAGGCUGAGAAGCUGCACCAAAAUUCUCAAAACAGUCAAGUGAGAGUGGUGCAUGGAGAAGUGGUUCAUGGAACUUCUCUAUGGAAGUUGAAUACUGUUCAUAGUUCUCCUUCUGAGUUGGGUCAUGUAAAAUCUAGGGUAGCCAGUUCCCCAGCAAAUCAGGAAACUUUAAGUUCGAAAAAUGAUGCAUCAGUAGCUAACUCAUGUAAUGCAAGGAUAAGUGAAGAAACCAGUCCAUUUGUUCAGCAUAAUUAUUUACUCAAUCAGUGGAAGAAUGCCCAUCCUUCGACUAGAUCCCAAGGAGCUGAAAGUCUGGUAAGAUCACUGGAUCAAGCUAAUGACCUGAAUCAGGUUUUGGACCCAAUGAAUAGCCGUGAAAAAGAUGAAGUUGCGAGACAUGCAAGGCAUGAGAUAGAUAAUUGUGAUGGGAAGGAAAAUUCUAAUGACAGCCAUCGCUCAAACUUGUCUCAGCACACUUCUGGUUCGUUCAGAGAAGGUGAUUCACGAUCUCUUCCCAUUGGGAAGCAAACUUCAACAAAUCAGCUUCCUAGGAAAGUUUCUGCUCAUCGCAAGUUUCAGUAUCAUCCCAUGGGAAAUGUUGAUGAGGAUGUUGGAACCUAUGCUCACAAGCAAACCACCCGUACACAGGCUAUGUACCAGCAAAAUCCCCAUUUUGGCCAGUCAAAAAUAUUUGGUCAGGGUCCAACGAAUUCAACAGUAAAGGAAAAGGACCAGUCCUCUGAGCUGCAAAGAGAUAUUGAAGCUCCUGAUGAGGUACCAUCACGUGGAAACCUUUCUGGUCAUGCGCCUAAGGUAUCAGUUCUCUUUAGUCGACCCGUUGAUGCAUACACGUCCAGCAAUGCUUCUUCUUCAAGUCAAAACAUGCUGGAGCUUCUUCACAAGGUCGAUCAAUCAACUAGUCAUGGUGCCAUGGUUCUGUUUAGCUCUUCUGAGGGCAAUGCAUCACCUCAGCUGCCCCAAGCAGAAAAGUUGGAUGCGGUUGGCAGCCUCCAGCAUAAUCAGGCUUCUGUCUCUCAAGGUUUUGGGUUGCAACUUGGUCCUCCAUCCCAAAGGCUGCAGAUUCCUGAGCGUCAAUUGUCUUCUCAAAAUGGUCAUGACGCAUUUAAUUCCUUGUAUUCUAGUAAUGCUGCUGCAGAAAUGGGAGGUAAAGACCAGCAGAUGGUUGCCACACAUACAGGUCCAUCUUUGCCUUCCUUUGAAGAAACCCAGGUUGAGUUCAAGAUUAACAGAUCUGCAAUUCCAGAUCAUGGUGGGAAUGAGAACUCUCUGUAUAAGAUGCCUGGAAAUGUUAAUUUAGCUUCCAGUUCGGCUAUUCCGAAUUCAAGAAGUAAUGUUCAGAAUGAACAUAUAACUAGUUCAACUGGAAAAAUGUUGGUGAAUCAGCGGAUUGACUCCAAUGGGUACAGUUCCUACUCUGCACAAAGAAGGCUUGCAGAGACUCUCUUGCCUGAUGCAUCUGGCUGUUUUAAACAAGAUAAUCUUGCAUCAUCUGGGGGCACGUCGCGUCAAACCGGCCCGAGUGAUGUAACGAAAAGAGUUCCAACUACAACUAUACCCACCCGGGAUGGUAAGACGACUUCUCAGCAUUUUGGCAUGUCUGGUAUUCCUCGACAGGGAUAUUCUAAACAAAUGUUGCAUAAUAUGUGGACCAAUGUUCCUACCCAUCAAAAUAAUAUGAGCAUUCAGUUUCAGCAAGCAUCAUCACAUACUCAAGAGUCACCCCAGCCAAAUAUUUUGGAAUCAAGUUCUCCUUUGACACAAGGUCAAGUAAACCCUCAGGGGAUUUUUGAUGGGGAAGAGCAAAGGCUGAAGGAGAGUUCUGGUCAGCCAGUAGUAUUUGCAAACACUGACCCAGUUCCAGAGAUGGAAAAAUCAUUGGGAAAAGCAUCCUCCAUGAAAAAUUGCUUGGAAGAUUCUCCUGCAAAUUCUGCUUCUACACAGAAGGAUAUUGAAGCCUUUGGUCGAUCACUGAGACCUAAUAGCUUCUCUCAUCAAAAUUAUUCCUUACUGAGCCAAAUGCAGGGUUUAAAGGAUGCAGAGGCUGAUUCAAGCGACAGGGUCUCGAAGAGGAUGAAAGGACCAGAAAGUGUUUCGGAUGUUCAUAUAGCAACUGUGAAGGCACAGCAGCAGAAUGAACACAAUGCAGUAGGAGAUUCUUUGGGUUCAAGCACUGGGGCCCCAUCUGAGGAUUCAGGGAUGCUACACUUCUCAAGUCCAGCUGAAAUCUUCCACAAGAACACUUCUCAACAAGGAAAUGUAGCCUCACAGGAUAUGCUGGGACUUAGUCGAGACAUUUCUGAGAGCAAGUCUUGUGGUGGAUAUUCGACUUCUGCUAGAGCUGAUCAUCAUCAGGUUAGCCCCCAGAUGGCUCCAUCGUGGUUUAAUCAGUAUGGAACUUUUAAAAAUGGGCAAAUGUUGCAAAUAUAUGAUGCACGCAAAGUCACCUCCUUAAGACCAGGAGAACAUGUUGGGAAGUCUUCCACUGGCUUGGAUACUCUUAACGCGGAGGAGAAAGGAACUGUUGCUCCCAUUGACGCAUGUCAAUUGGGCAACAGCCAUCAAAGUUCUAUUCCCUCAUUAUUAGCCAAUGGACAUUUCUCUUCUCAAUCAUCGCAGCUUAAUGUCACUGGUCAACAUCUUGAGAUUUUGAGACCCAAGAAGCGUAAGAGUGCUACCUCUGAACUUCAUCCUUGGCACAGAAUAAUAUCCGAAGGUUCACAAGAUCUUUGGACCCUCAGCAAGCCAGAAGCAGACUGGAAUAAAGCAACAAAUCGUCUUGCUGAAAAGGUUGAAGAUGAUGCUGAACUAAUUGAAGAUGGACCACCAAUGCUUAGAUCCAAACGAAGGCUUACUUUGACAACGCAUCUCAUGCAGCAAUUGCUUCCCCCCUCACCAGCAGCUAUUCUCCCUGUUGAUGCUACUAUGAGUUACGAGAUUGUAGCUUAUGCUGUCUCCAGGAUAGCUCUAGGAGAUGCUUGCAGCACAGUUUCCCGCUCAAGUAAUUUGGAUCAGCCUGGUGACAGCAUGGACAGACUUCGUGCAAAGAGCAAAUUGUCGGAGAGAAAUGGAUGUCGGUGUUAUGCAAAAGCUUCUGAAGAGCUGAUGAGAAGAGCUAGGAAGCUGGAAAAUGAUUUCUUCAGACUGGACAAGAGUGUAUCAAUGUUGGAUUUGAGAUUAGAAUGUCAAGAUCUUGAGAAGUUCUCUGUAAUCAAUAGAUUUGCAAGAUUCCAUGGGCGUGGCCAAAGUGACAACACAGAGGCAUCAACUGAUACAACUCCAAGCGCUCAGAAACCUAUUCCGCAAAGAUAUGUAACUGCUCUUCCCAUGCCUAGAAGUCUUCCUGAUAGAGUCCAAUGUCUAUCAUUAUAGUAAUUAUUUGAUUGGUUUUCCUGGACCUACGCCUAACAGUCUCCAAUAGUUUAUACACUGGAACUUGCACGAAGACCAAUCAAAAACCACAGGAUGGAAUUGCGUACACAUAAUGUCUCCUGAGAUGUGGAGGAUGUUUAAUCUUUUCGAUUUAGGCCACUGAUAUCAUUCUUGCAAAUUAUAAAGUUCAAUUAUGUAUAGAUCUUUUAAAACUGAGCAAAUCAGGGUUCUCAGUCCAUUUUUGCGAAGAAGCGGGGUAAUAUAAGUUCCUCCUGAUGUUUCAUAUAUAUUGGCAAAUAGGUAGGAAUUUCUGAUAUGUAGCUUCAAUUUCUUGUUCUAUUCUUUGGUAAUAUAUGAUGCAUAUUUACUA